UAUCUUCAGUCUUAAGGCGAACCUCGGCUACGUUAGAACUGAGACUGACACUGUCUAGAUCCUUUAUUAAAUAGAGAUAUUUCUGUAGGACCUAUUUUUGAGAGAGCUUGAACCCGAAAUAGACGUUAAAAACUAUUGGCGUCACUUUGAAGUGCUUGUGAAAAUGAGUUUCGAAAACAAAGUGGUACUAGUGACAGGCGCAAGCACCGGUAUCGGCAAAGCCAUAGCGUUAUUAUUCGCUGAGCGCAGCGCACGACUUGCGAUUCUCGGUCGCAACGUUGAGAAACUACGCGCAGUCGCAGACGCGUGCGCAAAUGCAGUCGCAAGCGCAGGACGGCCGCUAGAAAUCAUCGCAGAUCUGGCCACGGACGAGGCGUGUGAGCGGACGGCUAAAGAGGUUUUGGACCACUAUGGGAGGCUAGAUGUCCUGAUAAACAAUGCGGGUAUCGGAGCACGGACGGAUCUGGCGCGAACUGACAUGGCGGUCUUUGACCUGGUGUUCAGCACAAACGUAAGAGGCCCUUACAACCUCACGCGGCUAUUAGCGCCAGCACUUAUUGAAAGCAAGGGAAACAUAGUUAAUAUCUCCAGCAUGGCUGCUACCGUGGUGGCGGUGGGAAGUCUGCCUUAUAGUAUGUCCAAGGCAGCGUUGGAUCACUUUACAAAACUGAUUGCCCUCGAGUUGGCUCCAAAAGGCGUUAGAGUCAACACCGUGAGCCCUGGAGUCACGGUGAGCGACUUCGUUCAACGCAUAACAGGAAUCAGUGACGAGGCAUACUCCGAGUUCCUAGACAACAUGGCUAAAGGCAUCCCAAUGCGUCGUGUCUGCCAGCCUGAUCAUAUAGCCAAGAUGGUGGUAUUCUUGGCUAGCGAGGACAGUGAGCUGGUUACAGGAACCAUUGUUAAAGUAGACGGUGGAGCAGAAUUGCAUGCUGAUUUUAGUGAUAUGACGAAACAGGCUCAAAAAUAAUUAAUACAAAAACAGCAUUAGUCCCAAAAUAAAAAUCAGUGAUAAUUUGCCACGCGUCGUUUCAUGUAUUUCUAUUUAAUGAAUUCGUUUCAUGGAUUCCGACUCUGGUGUAGAUUUCUUAAAAUUUAGUUUGCCGUCCUUAUUGUGAUCAUUAUGGAUUAACGACCUUAAUCGUAUAAAAGCGACCAAGAUAAGAUCAAUGACUGACGUCAUCAUACUCAUUAUUGUCAUUAUACUUGUGACGUCACUUCAGUUUACAAACAAUGAGCGCGUGAAACUAAGAUGACUUCGCACAAAAACGGCAUGGUCUGUCAACGUCAGUGUCAAGGUAAAGCCACAGAGGAUCCAGUCAAAGAAUCACUGUCAAAGUAUAAUGUGCAUAUCUUGACACAGGAUUAAAACUUUUAAAUCCCUG